GAUACUGAAAAGGCUAUCCUGGAGAAAUGACAAUAAUAUUAACAAUGGAACAGUGAGAGGCUAGACAAGAAGGGUCGUGAGUGUGGCUCCAGAAUAAAAAGAACACCCUCCUUUCUAGGAAAUUUUUGCCUUUGAAUAUGAGAGAAGGAGAAAUUCCUGGGAACAAGGGUGAAAAGGAACUUUAAACUUAAGCUUAGUCCCCAACAGGAUAAAAAUAACAACCGCAGUUAGGAUUCUAAUACUAAUAGACAAGCACGUGUUGUACAAAGCGACAACCAGAUUAAUGAAAACCAAGAUUUUAGAAACGAGAAUUAUUUAUGUUCGCUUCAGCAUUUUGAAAAAGUAUGAAAUUAAACCAAACAAAUCAGGAAACAAGCUGUUUGAUACUGAUAUCUCUCAGUGGGAUAAGAAUUGAGCAAUUUCUAAAAAGUGAAAGACAAAAAGACUUUUUAAAUAAGUCUCAAUUUUACAUUAAAAAUUUAUGCACCAAAAUAAGUUCUUAAACAAUACAACUCAUUUAUGUCGUAUUUCGCGAAGAGAAGGUUACAAAUAUGGAGGAAGGGACUUGGAUAAAAAUUACUUCUUUACUUGCAAUUAAUUUUACUGCUUUAUUUGGGAAUAUACUUUUGCUUAUGAUCGGAAUGCGAAACAAAAGCUUAAGGUCUUUCCAAAAUGCUUUUAUCUUCAACAUGGCAUUCGCUGAUUUUCUUCAAGCUGUUUUUAUCAUGCCGACAGCCUCCAUAAACCUUUUCAAGCACAAAUGGGAUUUCUCCAAAAUAUCAUGCGAUAUAUUCGCCAUUUUGAAAGUAGUAUUUACUUUGGUGUCAGUGUACUCUCUUGCUGGAAUUAGUUUGCAACGGUAUUUUUUUGUUGUGAAGCGAAAAGUGAAGGUGAAUAAUUUCAGGAUUGUGUUGAUCGGCGUAGCUGUCAUAUGGGGUACAUCUUUUUUAUUAUCAAUAACCCCGCUAUUCAACUGGGGCGUGUUUGGUUUUGAAGACGGCAAAGAAGUUUGUACCGUACAAUUUCACUUGACUCCUUCGCAUACUUUGGUCGUCUUCACAACUGGAUUACUGUUCAAUGUAUUCGUAAUGUUGUUUUGCUAUGUUAUGAUAUAUAAGACCUUGAUAUGCAGUAAAAGAAAAUUAUCUAUAGCAAAGGAUAACUCAUGUACGACUGAAGCUGUCCAGUCAGUUAUUAUAAACGUAAGACCACUCGAUAAAAGUGGGGACCUUCCACCGUUUUUUACUACCAGAAAUGAUCCAUUAAUUAGAGACGCAAAUUCAAGAGCUAGGAAUAACGUGCCAAUUUCUUCUAACCUGACUGCUAAUCAAAGCAAAGUUAUCGCCAGUGUGCGCAAAGAACAUAAAAGUAUUUCAUCUCUCACAAAGAAGGAACUGCGUUUAUUGAAAACUAUCGCUGUUGUUAUAGCUGUGUUUCUAUGUUGUUGGACUCCCUACACAAUUCUCAACCUUCUUAGAGCGUUUAAGAUGGUAGGUAAUCUUAAUUCCAUGGACACACUGACUAUGUGGUUGGGGUUUGCGAAUAGUGCAUUCAAUCCUGUAAUCUAUGGUGUGUUGAACAAUCAGUUUAAAAAAGCGAUUAAAGAAAUCCUUUGUUGUUUCGCAAGUUGAAUUGAAAGAAAAGAAAAAACAAAUUUCAAUUCAUCAAAUAUUAAAAUCGAGCUCUUUUUUAACAAUUUAAAAUUUGUUAUUGCUUGCCCGUCCUUUAUAUGUCACAUUUCGUGUGUCUGUAGCACGGCUAUAGAAUCGCACAGGUGCAGCUACUGUGUUACUAUUUUGGGUGUUAGUAUAGCCUAUGAAAGAAUCCACAGGUUUUGCCGGUCCUCAGAGUUUACAUAUUUCCGCAUCUGUGUAACGUGUAUUUUUGUCCAUGUGUUAGCAUAAAUUAAUAAAUUGCUCUGUGGAGAGUCCGAAAUAUAGCUGUAGCGCAACUAUUUUAGAAAACAGAACGCGGUUGUUAUUAUAAAGUAACAUGACAUGUUUUCGCAAUAAUCAAACAGCAAUUUUUGAGUUAAAGUAACGAUCAUACAUUCUUUUUG